GCGCGGCGCGGCGGGGACAAGGUGUCCGCCAUUACCGGCCUGCCUGCCUCCUCCUUCCGCAGGAGGCCGGCGCCUGGCGGGCAUCGGGAGCGGCGGAGUUGUUCAAAUAACGUCACCCUCCCCGGGAGCCCCCAGUAGGCGGGACGUGGGGCGGGAGCUGUGGCGGCCGGGGCGGGGGAGCGUCGAGGCGCGGUGGGGCACGCUUGGAGCGGCGGACGCGGCUCCAUCUGAGGCGCGGGGAUGAGCGCGGCGCUGCCGAAGGUGCUGUGCUUGAAGAAGGGAGUAUUGCUAAAGCAGGUGUUUGUGCUCAGCAGAGCAGCAACACCCAGAGAAAGCCAACUGUGUGCUGCAGGUGAUGCACUCGUGAGUUGCCACAGACACUACAGAUCCCGUCCUACGCAUGGCAUUGGGAGGUUUAAAUACCUGCUCCCAAAGGAGGCUCCAAAGAGGAGAAAGGACAGAGUGCAGAUGAAAGAGAUAAGUGUUGGGACUGAAUAUGAGUAUGGAGAUGUCAACAUUCAGAUGACUUCCUAUGAUAUGUGUCUCGUGGAGCAUUUCGCUCAAUAUGUACAUAAACUCUGCAACCGACUCUCCAUUCAAGUGAACGAAAGCUACGCGAUGCCCACCAAAACCAAUGAAGUGCUGUUCUUGGAAGAGCGAGGUUCCAAAAUGCAGCUGGAUGCCGUCCUCACUACCCAUCAGAGGGUUGUCCAGAUCAGAGGGUUGAGUUCAACGUUUGCUCCGAUACUCUUGGAAAUCAUUCAGAGCAGUCAGCCUGAAGGGGUCCAUCUGUUAGUGAAAGAGCACACAGAAGCUGACUUCAAGAGCCGAUUAAAGUCUCGACCAGAACUUGAAGAGCUGCUAGCACAGAUGAACUGAGAUGAGGAAGAGCACCUCAACCGUCUGAGAGCUGCUCCUGGAAAGGCAAAGCUUCUCCAUGGCUGCUCAAGCCUCCAGAAGGCAACUUCAUGAGUGCUGAUAACUACUGAUAACUUGGUGAAUUGGAAGAAAUUUCCACUGAAUAAAGAUAAAUACAUGUGUUCA